AAAAUGGGAAAGGUAAUGGAAUAUGGUUUACUGAAGAAAGAAAAAUGUCAAAGCAUUGAAAUUGAAAUUUGUAAGAAUCAUCGGAUCCGGAGGUGAGAUUCAUCAUCAUCAUCUUCUUCUUCUUCUUCUUCAAGAAUGGGAAUCUCUUGGAGCAACACCAACAGUAACAGUAACAGAAGAAGAAGAAACAAUUACCCACCACCUUUUCCUCCUCCGUACUACUACUCUUCUGAUGCUCAUCCUCCGCAGCUUCCACCGCCGCCGCCGCCUUCUCAGCCCCCACCGCCGCAAGGCUAUUACUUUCCCCCAACCAACCCUUCCACCACUCCCUACGUCGGUACCCAUCCUCUGCCUCCUGCUCCUCCUCCUCAGACCCAUUCCUUCUAUUAUUCAAAUGGCUACACCACCCCUACCGCCGCCGCCGCCACCACCAACGCUCCUAACUAUGCCAAUCGCCUUCACUACCACCCUUACUAUGCAAAUCAGGGUGCUCCCGCCUGGGCCCCUGUUCGCCCCCCCGUUGCUGCUGCCGCCGCCGCAGCUCCACCGCCCUAUGUCGACCAUCAAACCACUAAGAAGAUUAGGAACGACGUGAACUUGCAUAAAGAUACUUUGCGCCUUGAGAUUGACGAGCUCAACCCUGAUCACCACUUGGUUUCUUUCGUUUUUGAUGCCCUCUUUGAUGGCAGAUUUACUAUCUACUACUUAGCCAAAGAAGAAGAAAAGUGUAGGUUUAUUCCACUAUAUCCUGAUGCAUUUGCGCCGAUCUCAUUCCCCUUUCAAAAGGGAGUUGGCCGGAAAUUUUGUCAGCCUCCUGGAACGGGCAUUGACCUUGGUUUCUUUGAGUUAGAGGAUCUUGCAAAGCCCUCACCUGAAGAAGAUCUGUUUCCCCUUGUAAUAUGUGCUGAAACAAGUAUGAGAACUUCAGAAGAUGAAACUUCUGAUGGUUCCACAAUUGAUGCAUCUCCUCACAUGCAAAUAACUCAAGCUGUGUUAGUGAAAAGCAACGGUAUUGGUCCUUUCGAGGUAAAAGUAAUUAGGCAGAUUCUCUGGAUUGAUGGAGUUCGUUAUGAGUUGAGAGAGUUAUAUGGAAUAGGAAGUGGCUCAACAGCUGCAGAUUUUGAUGAUAAUGAUCCUGGGAAGGAGUGUGUAAUAUGCAUGACCGAACCAAAGGACACUGCUGUCUUACCUUGCCGACAUAUGUGUAUGUGCAGCGAGUGUGCAAAAGCAUUACGGCUUCAAUCCAAUAAGUGCCCAAUAUGCCGCCAACCUAUUGAGGAGCUCAUGGAAAUCAAGAUAAACAAUGAUGACAAAUGACAUCUUUCUCUUCAAUGUGAAGUUGAAUUGCAUGGUAUUUUUAUCAUAAUAUAUAUAGUAUUAUGAAUUGCAGUCAGGUAAUAUAUAGUUCUUUUUUUUCUUUUUUCUUAUUUGUAAAUUGCGGUCAAUAAUCUGUUCAUAGUUCAUAUGUAAUUCCAUGAAAAGGAAGUUAGAUAAUA